GAUGAGGAGAGGUGCUGCUUCUUUCACUGUACAUCAUUGACAACAUAUCCGGGGCCGGUGGGCGGUGCGAAGCCUCGAAGAUGCAGGCAGCCUGCGGAUGCUGACCGAAGGAUGUCAGGCGAGGAGCUUCCGCAGGGAGUUGGCUUUGUUUACAGGGCGGCCAGCAGGCUGAACACGAAUCACGGGCCUUAAGUGAACACAGCAGUGCUGCUUCCAGCGGUGCGCAUCCACAUCGAUCACAUUGUUUGUGCCGGUAGAUGCUUUUCUCCCUGACGCUUUUCUUGUGGAGGCUCUACCGACAUUUCUACAUCAUGUUCAGCUCUGACCGGCUCACAGUCCCGGAUUACGUCAGCAGGCUGCAGAGAGGGAGGAGCGGCUCCGCAUGCGACCCCAAGGCCAUCUCUCCGGGGAUCAACGCCGACGUCCAGGCGGUUUUGGACACGUCACUUCCCGCCCUGCGCUCCGCCAUCAGUAGGCUGAAGUCAUCCAGGGAGACCUCGAAUUCAGAUGAGACCCGCAGGGCUAUCGCGGAGAUCUUCCAGCUGGUGGAGGAGGCCUGGGUUUUACCUACCGUGGGUCGUCAAGUGGCCGAGGAGAUCUGCAACAGGAUCCGGCUGCAUGGAGGCCUGGAGCUGCUGCUUCAGCUCCAGCAGUCGCCUGCUGUGGAGAUCACUUACGAGUCCGCAAAACUGCUGGAGCAGAUACUGAUCUCAGAGAACAGGGAUUACGUGGCUCGCAUAGGUCUGGGGGUCAUCCUCAACCUGACUCGUCAGCAGGAAGAUGCUCAGCUGGCUCGGAGUGUCUCGGGCAUCCUCGAGCACAUGUUCAAACACACAGAGGAGACCUCCAUCCACCUCAUCACCAACGGCGCCCUGGACACCCUCCUCUUCUGGUGCCGAGGUACGGACCCCACCGUUCUGCGCCACUGUGCCGUGGCACUGGCUAACUGUGCGAUGUAUGGAGGCCACUGCUGCCAGCGCUGGAUGAUCGAGAAACGGGCAGCUGAGUGGCUCUUCCCACUCGCCUUUUCCAAAGAGGAUGAACUCAUUCGUUUCUAUGCCUGCUUGGCUGUAACUGUGUUAGCUGCAAACAGAGAAAUUGAGAAAGAGGUGGUGAAAUCAGGGACCUUGGAGCUAGUGGAGCCGUUCAUCGCAUCUCUGGAUCCAGAGGACUUUGCCCGCAGUUUACUGGACAGUGCAGACAGCAUGCAGGGAAGGACCGCAUCUGACCUGCAGCAACUUUUGCCGUUACUGGAUGGCACGAGAGUGGAGGGAAAGUGCAUUGCAGCCUUUUACCUGUGUGUUGAGGCCAGCAUCAAGUCCCGUCAGCGCAACACUAAGAUAUUUCAAGAGAUUGGUGCUGUGCAGAGCCUCAAAAGAAUCGUCAUGUACUCCAGCAAUGCCACAGUCUGUGCCCUAGCUAAGCGGGCGCUGAGCAUGAUGGGAGAAGAAGUACCGAAACGAAUCCUGUCAAGCGUGCCCAACUGGAAAACCUGUGAGGUGCAGACGUGGCUGCAGCAGAUCGGCUUCACCGCUUACUGUGACCGUUUUCAGGAACUUCAGGUGGAUGGAGACCUCCUUCUGAACAUCACAGAUGAAGAUCUGAGCUCUGAUUUGAGCAUGACUACCAGCCUUACCCGCAAGAGGUUUUUGAGGGACUUGCGUGUGCUGAAGACUUACGCCAAUUACUCCACAUGUGACCCCAACAACAUGGCCGACUGGUUAAGCGAGGUGGACCCCCGUUUUCGUCAGUACACCUAUGGCCUAGUCCAGUCAGGCGUGGACCGUCACAACAUCCAGAGCCUGACUGAUAAGCAGCUCCAGCACGACUGCCACAUUGAGAAUGGCGUCCACAGAGCAAAGAUACUGUCUGCCAGCCGUGGGCCCUUAAAACUGAGCCGCACAGAUGCACAGCCUUCAGGGCCUGACGUUUUUAUCAGCUACAGACGAACCACGGGCUCCCAGCUGGCCAGCCUAUUGAAGGUGCACCUGCAGGUUCGAGGAUACAGCGUCUUCAUAGAUGUGGAGAAGCUGGAGGCCGGUAAAUUUGAGGACAAACUGAUUCAGAGUGUGCAGAGGGCACGUAACUUCAUCCUGGUCCUGUCUGCCAGUGCACUCGACAAGUGUAUGGGAGACACAGCCAUGAAGGACUGGGUGCAUAAGGAGAUAGUCACGGCCCUGGCUGGUAAGAAGAACAUAGUUCCUGUCACGGAUAACUUUGCAUGGCCUGACCCCAUGUCCCUGCCAGAAGACAUGAGAGCCAUUCUCAACUUCAACGGCAUCAAGUGGUCCCACGAAUAUCAGGAGGCUACGAUAGAGAAGAUCCUGCGCUUUCUGAAAGGACCCCAAGACCAAGUCGACCGCUCAGACGGCUCCAAAGAGCAGAAGAAAUAAACUGAGAUAAACACAGUCCGAUUUCAGCUAUAAUAACUAUCCAUGAUGCCAAAAUUCCACAUAACCUACAGUGAAUAGUCUGGCAGCUUUCCCUGCUCUGACCUAAUGCAUGUGAAAUGAAUCCGGAUGUUUAGAUUACAUGCUGACCCGAAUACCUAAUAUGCACACACUUAAUUAUUAACAAUAAAUAGAACUGAUAAGGGGAUUGCAUAUAAAAACUCUAAGCCUUUAAUGUUAGUCAGUGCUGUAUAUGUGUAAUCAGGUACAGUAAGCGCCUUCUGUAUCUCAGGAAAAUAACUCUGAUAGACCAGCUGACAUGGGCACCCAGCAACAUUAUCACCGCUAACACAUCAGUGUUCAUCAAAGCUCCUCUAUAUGCAGUCGUCUUUUUUUAAACAUGUGUACAACAAAUGGACCAAAGCAGGUCUCUGAUUUUACCAACAUUUCUCCCGUUUUCAUGUUUGUGUUGUGAUAGAAGAAAUCUUCCUCGGCAGACUUGCUGAUUCGUUUAGGAUGAGUGACUACUGUGAGUUUAAUCUAAGCCCCUAAUUUAACCAUAAACGAGUGAAAUAUGUGUAGAGGGAAUAACUCCAUGUAGCGUUAAACAUACUGUUCUGUAAUAAAAGUGGGUAAAAAGGAC